AUGUCAGUGUAUAGUGGAUUUUCUACGCGAUAUUUUGAAUCUUAAUAUAACUAGCUACUUUAAUUACUUUUAGUCACUUUAUGCAAAAGGUUAUUAAAAUUUUAUAAUAAUGAAGAAUGCAAUGAAAUUGGUUUCAAAAAAGCAAUCUCCUCAACUGUUGGAGGAAUGAAAUAGUUAGAGUUAAGGUAUCAAGUUGAAUAUUCUAGUAAAUAUUUAGAUCCUAAAUUUUCUGCAAGUAUCAAACCAUUGGAAGACUAUUUAUCCAAACCGAAAGAAUAUUUAAAAUAAACCUCAUAAAUUUUAACAAACCAUUUUUCAUAAGAUUCUGAUAUAAGUGUGAUUCAUUAAAAUGAGUAAUAAAUCACUCCAAUUUCCUCCAUAAAAUAAAGAAAGAGAAUUCAUAGUUUGAGUUAAACAAAAAGAAAAGAGAUUUAAUUUAGAUAACAGUUAUUAUAAUUGAAUGAAGAGUAACAUCCAAUAAAAUAUUUUAUUCGAACAAGAAAAUAACUUUGA